AUGCGAGUUUUAGAGUUAUACUCGGGAAUCGGCGGAAUGCACUUGGCCUUGUCAGCCUCUAGCUUGGAGUUUGAGGUAGUAAAGGCUCUCGACAUAAACGACACCGCAAAUAAUGUAUAUAACUCGGCCCAUCCCGGCAAGCUGGCUUACAACCGUACACUGGAGAGCCUCUCCGAAUCUGAAUGUCUAGGGCUCAAGGCAGACUUAUGGACAAUGAGCCCUCCAUGCCAGCCUUUCACUCGGAUGGGCAAACGAAAACUAGGCGAAGACAGUCGUAGUCAUUCUUUCCAUCGGGUCAUAACCCUUAUCCAGACUGUCCGCCCAGCUGCUAUAUUUUUGGAAAAUGUUAAAGGUUUCGAACUGUCAGAUGCAUGGAAAGAACUUAUUGAGGCGCUGUUUCACGCUGGAUACGAAAUUCGGCAAUUCCUGCUUACACCCCUCCAAUUCGGUAUACCUAACUGCCGAUUACGCUUCUAUCUUGUCGCCAAAUUACGUGGUUCCGCAGACAACUCAGUUCCCUUCUGUGCGUCCCUACCAGUCCUCGAUAAGGUCACUUCGGUGUCCGAUGCGCUGCAAUUAUGUGAAAGGGCCAUCAUACGAGUACCGCCUCCUGAUGCGCCUUCGCUUCCUAAUUGCAGUUGUGCUGUCUGCGCGGGAAAGCUAAAGCACAUAUCCGCACCACCAUCUGAGCACUUUGAUGAGUACCUUGAGUUUUGUCGUCCUCUUUCAGACUUCCUACUUCCCGAUGACGACCUGCCGGAGAGUCUCUUUCUUAGAGGAGAAAAGGCGAUGAAAUUCUAUCGUGCGCUGGAUAUAGUUACCCCCGAAAGCCACAAGAGUGCCUGUUUUACAAAGGGCUACUCCCAGCGUUUCGAAGGCACUGGCUCCUUCCUCCUUCUUUCCGACGAAAAUUCGACGGCUGCAGCAUCAGGGGACACCAACAGUAAUGCAGCUAGUAUUCUAAAACUCCGCUAUUUCCAUUCCCAAGAAGUCGCCAAUCUUAUGUGCUUCCCUCCAUCGUUUAAAUUUCCUCCGGAAGUAACUGAAAAACAACGACUACGUCUCCUGGGAAACAGUAUCAACGUAUUGGUGGUGGCCCACGUUAUGUACUGGGCAUUUGCGCCUAUAACCCCACAAUAA